AUGCUCUACUGCGUACUUUUGGCAAUUUUUGAUAAGAGCUACUUAUUACUGUGUGCUUGAGGGGAGAGUGAGGGAGAGUGAGGGGGCCGUGCAUUUGGCCCCAGCAUGCUUGUGGUGGUCCAAGGACAAUUCUGUGGAGUCAGGUGUCUCUUCCCCUUUAAGUGGGUUCUGGGUUGUAAGGCCUGCACCUCAAACUUCUUUAUCUGCUGAGCCAUCUCACUAGCCCCUUCUGAGCACUCUUGAAGACAGAAACUUAGUCUGUACAGAAGCCACUUGCCACUUGUUUGUUGAAAGCAAAUGUCAGAAGCUUUUUUUCUUUUUGUGUUUUUGAGGUAAGAUCUCAAUAUGUAGCUCUGGCUGUCCUAGAACUCAUUAUGUAGACCAGGCUGGCCUCAGAUGCCCUAUGUAGCCAAUGAUGGCCUUGAAUAACUGAUCUUCCUGCCUCUUCCUCCCAAGCACAGAGAUUACAGGCCUGCACCACCACACUUGGUUUAUACAGUGUUAAAAAUUGAACCAAAAGUUCAGUCCUCCUGAGCAAAUACCACCAACUGAACUGCAUCCUUAGGUUCUAAUCCAACCAUGUUUUCCUGUGUCUGUCAAAUGUGCAGGGGCUCCAAGUAUUGUCAUGCCUUAAUCGGUAAUGUUUUUCAUGAAGAGACUUACAGACACAGUGAAUAUAGCUCUGAGCUGCACAUUGCUGGCUCCCAAGGGUUGCUGUGGCAUUAGCAGGAUGAUUGUUACAUCAACAGCAGCAGUUUCAUCAGAAUUGGGCUGUAUGAGGUUCUAAGUAAGAAUUCUGUCAUUGCUGCCAGUGAUGGCUUUGGAAAAAGAUGCCUGUCCCACUUUACCGAAACUGGAUGACAGUGGUGCAGCAGGGAACGAAUCUAAGCCUGCCAAUAAGUGUGAUGACGUUCACUUGCCACGGUUCUCAAUAAAGCAAGGCAUGUUCCCAUCACGUUACGUUAUGCCUUGGAAAGAAAACAUGAAAUUCAGGAAUGUGAAUCUGCAGCAAGCAGAUGCGUGUGGGAUCUAUGCUGGCCCCUUGGAAGAUUCUCUGUUCUGGGGUCACAGUGAGCGGCUUUGCCAUGGGGAAGACCGGAAAGUCAUCAUGAAGAAAGGCCCACCGGAGAUAAAGAUUGCCGACAUGCCUUUGCAUUCGCCUCUGUCCAGAUAUCAGAGCACCGUGAUCUCCCAUGGCUUCAGGAGGCGACUGAUCUAAUGGGCUGACCUUGGGGUAGCGGUGUGCUU